CUCUGGUCAAAAUUCCUCACAAAUCUUUAUUGUUAAUUCAUAGUCUGAAAUUUUCUAGUUGUCAGAAGCUUACUGAAGAAAACGAUUUUGAAGGCAUUUACUGGCUUGAAUAUUGUUACAGACUUGGAAUAGACAUCAAGAAGGAUGAGAAAAG